CUCCUUUAGCCCUACCCCGCCGACUCUCUCCCCAAUCGCAGUCCUCCUCCUGCCCGCGCCGCCGCCGAGUCGGGUUCCUCUCCAGCUCUUCUCCACUCCACCGUCCCCAGCCCCGUCGCUGCCGCUUGACGCAACGAUCCCUGGGCGCGAGACGCGAGAGCUCUAUCUGAGUUUUAGAGGCGGGAGCGGUAGCGAUGUCGGAGGCGGCGGCAGCGCCGAUCGGCCUGUCGUGGGCGCCCAAGCUGCCCUCCCUGCCGGCGGCCGGGGGCGGUAAGAAGGGCUUGGGGACAGACCUUAGCGCGCACGGGUCGUCGCUCUGGAAGCCCGGGAACGAGCUCGUGGACGGGCUCUUCGUGGCCCCGAGGGACCCGAGGAAGGUCAACAAGCUGGCAAGGAAGAACGUCAAGGACACCACCGGCAAGGGCUGGUUUGACAUGCCGGCGCCGAGCAUCACACCCGAGUUGAAGAAAGACCUGCAUAUUUUGCAGCUGAGGCAUGUAAUGGACCCUAAAAGGCAUUUCAAGAGGUCUGGUAAAUCCAAGGUCCUUCCGAAGUAUUUCCAAAUCGGUACAGUUAUUGAGCCUGCACAUGAGUUCUGGUCAAGUAGGCUGACAAAGAGGGAGCGGAAGACAACAUUGGUUGACGAGCUCUUGUCAGACCAAAAACUCAAGAACUACAGGAUGGGUAAGGUAAGGGAAAUUCAGGAGACCCGAAAGCCAGGCGGCAACGAAAAGUGGAAGAACAAGGGCAGGCAAACAUUUAAAAGGGCCAAGGAUAGGCGGAAAUAAUAUCAUGCUGUAAAUCUUGUUUGCAGUAUGGAAGAACAGAGGAAUGGAGGCAAACAGAAAAGACUGAGCACAUUCAUAUUGUACUUGCCCUCAGUGCGUUAUAGAUUUCAAUUUCUGUAACGUGCUCAAUUUCUGAUGUAAUAUGACGACAGCACUUCCAGUUCUAUGUCUGAAUUUUGAGCAGGAUGCUUUCACCUCAACAAAACCGUGACAAAUAUCUGGCUGAUA